UAGUACUGUGCAGGUACUAGGUUGUUGGUGAAAUUAUCCUGCGAUCGCUCUGCCUUUGCUGGACAAACUAUACAAAAUGAUUAGAAUUUUAAGUUUAGUCGUUGCAAUUUCUGCUAUGGUAGCAGCUGAAGAAGCUUGCCACAGUUUUGCAGGAGGCCAUGUUUAUCCUGGCGAGACCCCUCGCUCUUCGGCUCAUGCAGUACAUUGGAGUAAAGUUCAGAUAUCUAAACCGGCUCCAGUCUUUGAAGGAACGGCAGUGGUUGAUGGAGAAUUCAAAGCCAUGAAACUCUCAGACUUUGUUGGAAAAUACCUUGUUCUGGUCUUUUACCCACUUGACUUUACUUUUGUUUGCCCAACCGAAAUCAUCGCCUUCAGUGACAGAGUUGAGGAAUUCAGAGCAAUCAACACUGAAGUGGUUGCUAUCUCGGUCGAUUCUCAGUUCACCCAUCUUGCAUGGAUAAACACACCGAGAACGCAAGGGGGCCUGGGACCCAUCAAGCUACCGAUCCUGUCAGACCUUACCCAUCAGAUUUCUAAAGAUUAUGGAGUUCUUCUGGAGGAUUUGGGACAUACGCUGAGAGGCUUGUUUAUCAUCGAUGAUAAAGGUGUACUGCGUCAAAUCACCAUGAAUGAUCUCCCCGUUGGUCGAUCAGUAGAUGAAACGCUGCGAUUGGUUCAAGCAUUCCAGUAUACAGAUAAACACGGCGAGGUGUGCCCAGCUGGGUGGAAGCCAGGCAGCGAUACGAUUAUUCCCAACCCAGCUGAUAAACUGAAAUACUUUGCCAAGCAACCAAAUGGAGGUUCAUAGUCCUUUAUCUCGUCGUCUUGUCAACAAUCCAACAAAUUUUCUCAGAUUUCCUUUGUAUGAUGGUGGGCCCCAAGUCUGCGCACCUAGCAAUUUGAGUUAAGAUUUAACAUGAAUUUCUUCUAAUUACACAAAAAAUUUUAGUUAAUAAUGUUCCUUAUAUUAUUAAGAGUAAGUGUACCAAAUUUCUCAUUAAAAAAUGAAAGAAAAUAUAGGAUUUUCUUGAAAAAACCUCGGGCAGUCAUUUUCAGAUUAAAAAAAAAAGGUACCCCAUGUCUGCGCACUCAUUCACUUUGCACACGAUUCGGGGAUGUUGAUGAGAAAGGCUGCAUUUUGAGGCCGUCACAUGAAAUGCCCUAAAUUCAUUAUUUUUCCACCAUUUUGAGUCGGAUUUUUUAAUGAAUACCUGUCUAAAAAUUGCAUGUGUAAAGUUUGUGCUCGUUGCGUAUCUUCUUUUACUAGAAUCACGCAGAUACGCGUGUGCGCAGACAAGGGGGACUGCGCAGACUUGGGGGAAUUUGCCGUACAAUCUCUUCACAAAAAUUGGAUUCUUCAGUAGUAAAUAGGAUUUCGAAGUGUCUCCCCUAAUUACCCAUUGUUUUCUUUAUGAAGAAAUUGAAUUGGUAGGGAAAGUGCAUUGACUGAUUUGACAUCCUGCAGAAAUCUCUGCAAAUGGUCUCUAGGGGCGGGGGGAAGGGUGCAAGGAAAUAUUUGCGAUCAAUUACCAAAUAUCUGUUGCAUCUUUACAAUUGAUUGAUCAAUUUAGCUGCAGAAAAUCCUUAUCGGAAGAAAAUAUCUCCUUUUUACCCUUUUUUUUGCUCCCUCCCCAUCGCUUCAAAACUAUAUAUCAUGGCUGACUUAAAGGUAUUUUUUUUAAUUGAACAGUUUAAUAAGCCAUUGUCAUUAUAAACAUCAUUAAUUAGCAUAUUGAGACUAAAUAGGGGAUUGGGGGCAGAGUUCCUCUACAAUUCCCAUUUUUAAAUUUGCGAGGAAAUCAUCUGAUUAUCCUUAAUGAUGGGGUAUGUAUGAUAAGUAGCGAUAAUUAGCCCAAUGUGUUUUGGUGAAGAAUAGUUUGUUGAAAAAUACAGUACAAAGAUGAUCACC